GCUGAACUGCGCACGCUUAAGUUAAUCCAUAUCAGAACGGCUUCAAAUAUUCUAAAAAUGUCAGUUCUCUUAUUUCGUAUCGCCAUUUUGAAGUAACAGAAUAAAUCCUGUAUCAUCAGUCUCAUAGUAAGACGCGUUUAAAUAGCCAAAUAAAAUUGUAAUUUUACUAACUCAAUCGGUAAUCCAAAUUUAUAUAUUUUUGUGCUAGUUACGGAACAAGUGAAGUUGAUAGUUUUGUUUUGAUCAGUUAGCGACUAAACUAAAAAUGGCGUGUGCGACAUUGAAGAGAUCUUUGGACUGGGAACCCGUUUUAGGGGGUCGACCAGCAAAACGAAGGCGAUGUGUACCUUUCUGCUCGAGUCCUACUCAAAACGGAAUUGGAUCUCCAGGACCUUCGAAUAGUCCUACGGGAUCUACUUCACCUAAAAAUUCCGUUUUCCCUGAUGUUUUAAGCAAGAAAUUGACUACAGAAAAUCUAAUUGACAAUCUAAAGGAGGAAAUUAAAAGAUUGCAGAAGCGUAAACAAUUGCAAUACAUGGAGACAUCUGAUGGAAGCAGUUCAGGUGGAGAGUCCAGUGAAAAUCCAACUUUGUCAGAAAAACCAUUAUUUACAUUCAAACAGGUUGGCAUGAUUUGUGAGCGUAUGCUUCGGGAACGUGAAGUAGAAAUUAGAGAAGAAUAUGAUAAUGUUUUAACAACAAAACUUGCCGAACAGUAUGAUGCCUUCGUUAAAUUCACUUACGAUCAAAUCCAUAGAAAUUACACCAAUACAGCAGUACCAAGUUACCUGUCAUAAGGCGUGACGCAGAUUUCCAUGUCCGUACAUAGCGCUAUUGCUCUAGCCACUUUAUACAGUUGUUUAUACACUUAUACAUCCGUACAUUCACAUAGUAUAUUUAAAGACGAUAACAAAACAAAAAUACCAAUACAUUUGUAAUGCCGUUUGCGAGAUGCCUUAGUAAUAUUUAUAUAUAUAUAUGAACGUAACUUUUUAUUUCUUGCUGGCGAAACAAACAAAACAAUUGUGUAUAUACUCUCACUUUACCAUCAUUUUUUUGUAAUAAUUUAGGUGGAUACGUUUAAUUAUACUUUGUUAUAUUUCAUGUAAAUAUAUUUCUUAUUUUUUUUGUAUGGAAAGAAUGGCGAUUGAAUUUUCUAUUGUCGCGGUGAUCGUUUUAGAAAGUAGAUGCGGCAUGAAGCAGAAAAAGUUGAAAGACAAACGACCUACGGUUAAAAGUGUGUAAUACAUGUUAAAUGUACCUACCACAGGAUUUUUCCCGUUUUUUGUAUGAAUUGAAAAUAUAGCGAUUAAAUAUUAGAAGUGUUUCUUUUCAUACUAUCAAUUUUCAAAAUUUUAUCAUACAAAAUUUUUAAUCAAGUUUAUUUAAUAACGCACAAUUCACAUUUAUUUAUCUUGUCAUGAAACAAGUUGUUUUCUUGUAAAAUAUUAGUCAAUUUAGGGGUUAUACAAUAUUUUUGUCUUGACAACUAUUUACCUUCAAAUUCGUUUUAUUUUUUUUUUCAAAAUAUAUACUUUUGGAUCAAUUUUAAGUGCAAUACAACCUCUGGUGUCAAAAAUUCUCAACUAUGUUGUUUGUUUUUGACGUUUAGGAAUGAAAAGAACUUAGCGGGUGCCAAAUCAAAGCUAUAUACCUCAUCAAUAUUUUUCUCCAUGGAGGAUUUUCUAAUUUUUUAUUAUUGUUCAAUUUUAUUUCUGCAAUAUCUACCAUCUAUAAAAGAACUUCCAAAGGCCAGCAUCUUCUGAUCUUUUAUGGUGAACAAAACAUAUUUUUGGUCCACUGUGUCCAUUCUUCCUUUUGUCUUGUUGUAAUUUAUAACCGUAAUUGAAUUAUUAUCAUCAAUGUCUUCAGUUUCGUCUAUUGCAAAGAGCAGUAACACGGCCUCGUAUUUUUUGUUGCAUAUGAAUCAAGUCAACAAUAUUUGUCAGUUUAGGAGGUAAUAUUGAAAAAAUUGUUAACCACACUGUUUGUUCUUGAUGAUUAGGAACAAAAAGGACCUUUUUGUUGCUGCAUGGUCUAUACCUCAUAAACUCGACCUUUUACCUGGUUCAAACUUCAAUUGUUGCUUUGAUAUUUCUCUUCUUAGAACACUUCUAGGAUUUGGUUCCUCUCGAAACAACUAUAUAGCUGUUUUUGGAUCAUAUGUGAAUUCAUCUGAGCAGAUUUUGGUGUCUCUUUAGCAUUUUUUUUUCUUUGUUGGUUUAAACAGUGCUUGAUCUUCAUCAGUUAAAGCAGAUUUUUUUUCCUCGUGAACCACUUUCAUAAUAUUCAUUACUAGUUUUAGUUGAUACAUUCACAUCUCGUAUCUCAUCAAGAAAUCAGAUCUAACUAUGGAAAUUUCAGUAUAUUCCUGUUGUAGAGCCUUCCAUGAGUACCUGGACCACUUUGGGUAUCACUUGAGGCGUAGCAACAAUCUUUUGAAGCACUAAGGCGGAUAUCAGAUAUCUUCAUGGAUUUUGUUCUGGCAGUAAAUAAUAAUAAUCUUUUCCUAGUUAAUUAUUUGUGGCAUGUAAAAAGCAGGCACGUGAGGUUAAACCCUAUUAUACUCAAGUAGUGUGAGUGGCGCCUACCGUUUGAAGACGCCUGUGGAUAUUGAUCUUAAACUUCUGAAGGUUGUAGUGUUCGGGAAAGAAGUGCCUUGGUAGCUGAUUCGAUUUUCUUGGACUUCUCCAAAGAAAGGAGUAAGGAUCGGUAUUAUAAAGUCCCAAGGUUGAGAUUCAACUGUUGGUUGAAGCCGAAUUUACGUAUUAUAAACGUUAGCCAGGAGUCGAAGGGGUGGUUGACUAUCGGUUGGUUCAACUGUAAUGAAAGUUCAGUUUGAUGUAUCAACCGAUACUUGAAAGUACUAUCUAACCUAAACUUUUGUUUACUUCGGCUUGUAUUUGAUGAACUUAACUUGUAUAUUAUUUUAAAGUAAUUGAACGAAAUUUUACAGGCUACUUUGGAAAGACAGUACUAAUAAUGGUCCAUCUGAUUACUCUUUUAAAUUUAUAUAAUAUUGAAACUACACGUGGAAACUUUAAACAAAACCACUUCGACUUUUGACUAACACACUCUACCCCGGCAAAUGUCAGUUCAACUCUGAUUUGAUUGGUUAAAAAUAACUAUCAGUGCAGCCAACGCAAAUUUUUCAGCAGAAAGCUUCGGUUGACCAACGGAUGGUUGCUAAAGCGUUAUAAUACCGAAUUUAUGUUAACCAUCGGUGGAAUUUUGAACGGCGAUUGAAUAACGUCCGGUCAAACAAAACUUUUAUCAAUACCGACCGUAAGUCUUGCAGAUAGUCAUAUCAGCGACCUUUCUUCUAUGCUCUAAGCCAUCCACGUUUUUGGUUAACUCUAGAUCGAAUUGCUCAAGGUAUACUUGGGAUCCGAAUUCCAAAUGUGCGAUCAAUACUCUAAAGAUGGACGAAUUUGAGCGGUGUAGAGGUUUAAAGGAAGUUGUGGUUUGCGUAGCUUUUUAGGGGGUCUUGUAGGGGGUUCCAAAAUUUUGUGAAGCCACUUUAGCUAAUUCGGCCUCGAGACUGUCGGGACAUAUUGCUCCCAAAAUCUUCUUUUCCAUGUUUUUUUUCUCUGUCUGUUAUUGUAUGGUGGGUGGGAAAUCAUUUUUUAAUUUCAUCCAACUUUUUGUUUAUAUACAGUAUAAAUUUCAAAAACUAACAUGCAAAUAUUAGUCGUACAGCAAUCAACUUGUUUCAUUUUGUUCAAUUUACAUUUAUGUGAUUUAUAAAAUUUUAUUUUAUGUACAGUUAGUUUGGUUUAAAAAUUAAUAUUUUGAGGGAUAUUAACCAUAUAAGGACUGUUUUGUUCAAUUUUCUCGCAACCAAAUUUUAUUUUUCCCUUGAAGUAUUUCUUAAUUUAAUUUAAUAAAUGUUUACGUUCAACAAGACUCAAAAUAUUUCCUUUUGAAUUAUUUUUUUUUUCAAGUUUUGUAUUGAUAUUCCUUUUUUCAUGUUUUUCGCUUCACGCUGCUUAUAAGUGUAAUGUCAGAAUGAAGUUAAUUACUAGAGUAUGGUUAAGUUUUAAUAUUUGAGACUGUUGAAUUGAAAUGUGACAUUUUUGGAUCUUUAACAUAUUUAAUUUAGUGUAAUAUGGAAAAUUGGCGCAAUUCAAAAGGUACUGUCGAGAUUGACUACACCACCGUUAUAUAAAACAUGAAAAAAUCCAUAUUCGUAGGAUAACGUGGAAAAUGUGACGCCUCCUGCACUGUGGGCGACUAUUUACGUUCAAAUAAGUGAGUAAAAAAACCAUUAUCACAAUUAUAAUUCUCGUUUUAUUACAUUAUAUAAAUAAUUUUGUUUUUUUCUUCUACUGGAUUGUUUAUAUUAGUUGCAAAACCAUUCAAGUUUUACUGUACUCUUCACCUGAUUUUACACAGUUAAUUGUAAAUUGUAAUUUAUUCCAAUUACAUAUUGAUUUUUUCUUAUUGUAUGGGAGGUUUACCUAAAAUGAGAUAUUUAAGGUUUGGACCUAUUUCUAACGGUGGAGUAUAUUGAAACACACUGUCUUUUACCUAAUUUAAUUACACACUUACAUUUAACUUACUCACUAUUUAUAAUAAUCAACUAUUCACUACUUCUGUAAUUUAUUUAAAUCCAUCGGUUACUUUUCACUAUUUCGAUCCGUUCACUGACUUAUUAGCUCAUAAAUAAACUAAUAUUUAUACCAUUUCUCAUAUAAUUCCAGAAAGUAAACAAAUAAAUUGUCAUUUCAAGAAAUUUGUUUUAAAAAACAAUAUAUAGAUAUUAUAUUAGAUAAAAACACCCGUCGCCUUCUCCAAAUUUCGUCAUAACCGAACAUGACCGGCUUCGCGGUCAAUGUCGUGGGCGAGUUCGUCUGUAAAACGGGAUCAGUAGUGUAGCAAAGUUUUGUCUGUUUGUUUACAUUCGUGAAACACAUUAUAGGAGAGACAGACGCCGGGCGUAAGCGCGGCCGCCAUUAAUUACUUGAAAUUAGUGAAGAGAAAAGAAUAUAAAGCUCUCAGCCACAGUAUCCCAUUUUAGGUAAACUUCUACCAAUUAUCAUUUGUGACAAAGUCCAUUAAAUGUGGUAUUAAAAUGUCAUUUACAAAUAUUUUUGCGUACAUAGAAAUCGUCCCAUUGUAAAAUUUAGAAUUUACUGUUACUCUAAAAUAUAUUAUACGGGAUGUUUACAACUAUAAGAAGUUCGACAGUUCGAACAAGUUUACAAUGAUUUCUUGUCGACAUCAUUUUUUAAUGAUUGUCGAAAUGCAUACCUAAUUUACUAGUUUUCGUCUUACUGAUAUCAUUUUUAUGUCCAGGUUUUUUUUAUUACAUCACCGACAUUUUCUUAUUGAAAAACGUUUUUACCUCGUGAUUCCUUCUUCAGGUUUUCUUGGAGAAAUUGCAUUCUCGCACCUAUCUGUUUAUAAUUAAGAUUGGAAUAUGAAUAGCAAGGUUCCUUUUGUGUUAUUGUUUUACCCUAUUUUUAAUAUCCCUCAUUAGUUCCUGAAUUUUCAUUUAUUUGUUUUUUCUUUAAUAGCGUCUUGAUUUUGCUCUUUAUUUUGUUAUUAUUGGGUUUAGUGUUUUUGAAUACCUGUUUGCUCCAGUUUCUUAUUUGAUGAGGUUUCUGAAGAUCUAUACUAAGUACGCCAAGAAACUAUGAUAAAACUUGAGAUAUUUUUCACAAUAUUUUCAAGGAAAAUAUUUUCCACAGUUCGCGUACCUCCGCGUUUUUCCAUCUGGGAUUUUUAAAAAUUUUCCUAUUUUCCAAAAGUGUUAUGCAUCUAUAAGUGAAAUAAACUUUUUUCUUAUUAUUAUUAUUAUUAUUAUAAUAAAGAAUUCGAAUUUAUGUUUUUUCAAUGUAAACUAUUUUAUUACGUUUUUAGUAACAAAAUCAUUUCGUUACUGAAUUUUUAUAAUGGACAUUUUUAAAUUUUGUAAUUUUUAUCUUGAUUAAUGAUUCAAAAUUGGGAAAAAAUAGUUAUGUGCGUUUUUAAUCAAUUUUCCAUAUCGAUAAUAUGAAUGAAAUAAAACUUUCUAAAAUGCUUUUGACAUUGUUUAAUGUUUAUUAUCCACGUUAUGUAAUGAUCAGUGAAAUGUAAAUUCAGCUAAUAUAUCAAAAAAUAAUCUUCAUAUAGAUAAAUUCAAGUAAAUGUCUAAAUAUACAUUAAAAAUCUAGUAAAAAUAUUUUCUAUCAGUAUACAGCACACGCCAACUAGUAUGAGGUAAAACCGCGCAUUUCUGACAAUAUUUAACAGUCGAUCAGUGGUGUUAACUUAUUUAAAUUGUAUUAAAAAUAUUUAUUUUUUCUUUAUAAUUGAUAAUUAUAAUUAUGUAGAGAUUUCUUAGUUGUAUAGGGUUUUUGGUCUUCGUAAAACGCCCUUUAUUGAUAGAAUUUGAACAAUGAUACUAAUUCACAAAUGAUUGCAAAAUCAUUGGCCGCGUAACCUUCGGCGUAAGGUAUGCUAUCGCUGGUCUAUGGCUACACUAAGAGAAUUCGUCGUGCUUCGUGUUUGGCACUGAGGUAGAGGAGACCAAUAAUUGUCAUCUGUCUUAUUGGGGAUGUAAGAUUGACUCAAUCCUACAAUUAUACUACUCUAUCACUCCAAAAUUGAAGCCUUUUUCGUCCUUAGGAAACUCAAACUUCUCGUUGUUCGAAUUCUUUUAUAUCUUGACUUCUAGUUGGAAAUAUUGAUCUUCUUUUUUAAAAACAAUAUCACAUUUUCUUCUGAGUUAAUUCCAGUUCCUCCAAUUGCCUUAUGUUGUUCUUAACGGUACCUUAUGUAUGCUCAAUCGGAUUUAAAUCCGGAUGAUAUGAGGGCUAGUUCAAUACCCUCUUUGAAAUUGCCAAAGGCGAAUGUCAUUUAUAAAACCGAUCAGCAGUGUUCCCAACUCUCAAUAAUUUAUCUCUCUAAAGCUCCAAUAAAAAACCCCUAAAAUCCCCACAAUUACUAGAAUAUUUAUUAUUUAUGAAAUAAAUAAUUGAAUAUUUUUUAAAUAAAUAACAUUAAAAAUAAUGAAAUAUCAUUAAGCUAAUAAUAAAUUUCAAUUAAAUAAUAAAUAAUUCAACUACAAGUAACGAAUCAUUUUCUUCAAAUUCUGCUUUUUUUAUAUUAUACAUAUUGACAUUGAUUAAUUUUAACAUUUAUACGGAGGGUUGAAAUGUGCAUGAUCGACCAUUCCGUUGCAUUGUGGAUCGAACCAUAAUCAUAUUUUGUAACAUUUUAAUCCAUAACCAUCGAUUGAAAUGUCACAUUUCCUCCCUAAAUUUGGAGGGGGAACCCAUAAGUUGGGAACCUUGGCGAUUAGGCUCUUUGGUUUGAAUCGUUCGACGAAUCAGAAUAUGAUUAGAGGUCCGCUCGAGUCACGGCCAGCUGCAGGUCUGGUCGUCCCUCCGAGUUCGCAUAGCUAGUACGGAGGUAUACUGAGGGUGUUGUAUUAGCCAUCUACCGAUGCUUUUGGGGGGCAAUGUGUUCCGUGGUCCCUAUUUGCACUUGAAAUUUCAGUAUCUCGCAAUUUCUUCCUAGUUGACGUUAAAAGUAUAUUUAGACAAAAUUAAAUUGCUUAAAAAUGUACCCAACGAUAAUUAUAAUGUUGUAUGUUAGGUAAUUAUAAAUUUUGGUCAUUAAAUUUUUGUAAUUGAUCAUUUUUAUAACGGAUUAUAUAAUUAAAAUUUGAAUUUAAGUAAUAUUAAUAUGGUAAAUUAUAUAUACCUAAAAAAAUGUAAGUAAUUUUCUAUUCGACUAUUUUUGUGAUCCCCCCUGUAUCUUAAUGUUAAGGAGACAAUUCUCAUUUGUUAGCAUUAGAUUGUAAGUGUAAGUGAUCCGAUAAAAAAAUAUUUCUAGGCUUUUUAAUUUAUUUAAGCGUCUUUUUUUUUUCUAUUAAAAGUUAUAAAAUGGAUAGUUACGAUUUUCGUUUACCUCGUAACAUAAACAUUAUGAUAUUUAGGAUUAAUUUGUUAAUAAGAAGUCUUAUGAUAUUUAAUAAAAAAAAUGGGCUU